AUGGCCACACAUGGCGCGGGCGCAAGAGGCGCAUUGCGGAAGAGCGUGCGUGCCGCAUCUGGCGCGGUAUGCGCGCGCCUCUGUGCCACACCGCGCAGCGUGAAAGCGCCCGGCAGGGUGAAUUUCGAUAAUACUGUACGGUGUCCUAUAUAUCGCUAUCGAAGUGAUGGACACAGUAACGUCGUCGACCAGCGAUACGACCGUAAACGUCUCACCCACACGCCGCGCGCGCCCGCUCGCCACUCGCCUCUACAUACCUACUAUAAUGUACUACCAACCGGCUAUCUAACGCAGAACCCUCACGACUCUAACAUAUACUUGGCAAGGCACAGAAUCGGUCUAACUGAAGGGAGCAGAGAAGUUCCAUUUACAAUGGUCAACUUCCGAUACCGCACUAUACCAUAG